AUGUCGCUCUCACCCGCACCGGCCAUUUCGGCCUCGGAAAAACACAUAGCAGGGCACAUGGUGACAGUCCAUGGCCUCUCCGAGUUGAACCCCGAGGCGUCGCACGUGUCUAUCCUCUGGCUUCAUCAUGGCAGAACGAGAAGUUCCGCUGAUAUGGCCGACAUAGCGGCUCGUACAGUUGGAGCUUGGAACCAGGAGCAGCAAUCUAAAGAACGAGGCCUAAUCGGGGUUGCUUUUGACCAGCGAAACCAUGGCACGAGGGAAAUAUUCCCUAGAGCCAACGAUGCAUGGCGCGGUGGAAAUCCUUACCAUGCCCAGGACAUGUUUGGACUCAUUUCUGGUGCUGUUGUAGACACAGGGCUCUUGAUCGACUUGAUUCAGGGAAAUAUAUUUCCGGAGAAGCCCGAUGGAUACGUUGAUGCCCAUUACGUAUUGGGCGUCUCACUUGGCGGCCACAGUACAUGGCAGUUACUAUUCGCCGACGAGAGAGUCACAGCUGGGGUGGUCAUCAUUGGUUGCCCAGACUACAUGUAUAGGGCCAGGCUCUCCAGACUACCGACCUUUAGCACAGAGGACAACGGGGCAUCAUUCAUCGGGAGCAAGGACUUCCCUCCAGACCUGGUACGUGCUUGUGAGAAAUACGACCCAAGAGGUUUGGUGUUCGGCCCGCGCAAGACUCCAAGCUGGCCGUUGCCGGUCGAACAGGAACCCGAAGCCAAGCGCAUCGUUACAUCACGGCUUCGUGGGAAGCGGAUGCUCAGCUGUUCUGGGGGAGAUGACAAACUCGUUCCUUAUUACUGCUCUAAACCGUUUGUCGAUUUUAUGAAGGGGGUUCAGAAGGAAUGGUCCGAGUUGGACGUUGUAUUUGACGACCGCGUUUACGCAGGUGCCGGCCAUGAGUUCAGCCCGGGGAUGGUUACUGACGCCGUUAAAUUCCUCGUCGAGACCACUAGAGCCGAGGGAUCUAGACAGUCAGGCAAGAGUGGAGAAAGUGAACACGGUUUCGAGUCCGCUCCUAGCCCUCUCGUCGUCACUAGAGAAAAGCUUUUGACUCACCCCCCAGGGAUUCCGCGCUUGGCGCUUUCCAGCCAGCGCGUCCCCAGUGCCGUGGGGGUCCUCUGUCCACUGCCCAAUGACUUCUGCAACUUGGCGCAUUAUAUUUGCUUUUUCCUUCGUGAUCUUCCGAUCACGGUCGGUGCCUGUUGUGGCAUUGUUCUCCGACAAUGCAGCGGACAUGGGAAGGUCCUGUGCCGCCCGAAGCCAUGGCGGAAGGCAGGGCGGGUUGAUGCCGAUGUAGCUGACAUGCUCAAGGGGAAACCCGAUGGCGGCGCAGUGAGCGUUGACUAUGCGGGCCUUCUUGAAGGCAUGGCUGACUACCGUGAUCUUCCCAGGCCAUGUUUGAAACUUUCUCCAGAAGGCAAUGAUGGCAAAGAGGACGUUGUAGUACGAGUCCAAAGCCUGUUCCUCGAGAAUUAUGCGGGUAGAAAGCGGGAUCGGAGACAGCGGGUGCGCUUCUGUGCCGAAAUAAUCGUUCGCAGCGGCAAGGUUCGCGUAGCUGCGUGCCUCGGAGAGGCGCGUUUCCUUCCAUGUUGGGCCUCUAAGCCAUGUGGAAUGAGUGGAAUAGUUUUCAAGACCAUCGAUCAGAUUCUGUAA